UCUGGCACUGCCGCUGCAAACACGAGCACUUCCUAGCCAUUCGGCGAAGACAGCACUCUCCGGCGUCUCAGAUGAGAAUUAGGGUUUAAGGUUUCACUCAGAAGAUGUUCAUCUAAUGAUGAGGAAUGAAAUCUCUGAGAAGAACACUAGAAUAUGCUCUCUCUGCGUCCUGUUCGCAGAUUCUGUGUUUCAACCACUUCAGUUGCUGCUACUACUAUUUCAACUCAAGUCUCCAAGCCCAAGACCCUAGACGAGCCUGCAUUGGUUAAGCUCAAGGCCGAGAGAGAUCCAAAUAAGCUCUUCCACCUAUUCAAGGCCAAUGCCCACAACCGUCUCGUCAUUGAGAACCGCUUUGCCUUUGAGGAUACCGUCUCUCGCCUAGCUGGUGCCAAACGAUUUGAUUACAUUGAGAAUCUCCUUGAGCACCAGAAAACCCUUCCUCAAGGCCGACGGGAAGGCUUCGUUGUCCGCAUUAUAAUGCUUUAUGGGAAAGUUGGCAUGGUGGAGCAUGCCCUCCAGACAUUCUAUACGAUGCAUCUCUUCGGCUGCGAACGGACUGUCAUGUCCUUCAAUGCUGCUCUCAAGGUUUUGGCUCAGACCCUUGAUUUAGGGACCAUUCAAGUCUUCCUUGAUGAGGUUCCACGACGAUUUUGCAUUUCCCCUGAUGUGUUCUCUUUCAAUAUCGUCAUCAAGGGUUUCUGUGAAAUUGGUAUUCUGGAUUCAGCUUAUUUGAUUAUGGUAGAGAUGGAAAAGGUGGGAAUAAGACCUGAUGUAGUUACAUACACCACGCUUAUAUCUGCCUUCUAUAAGAAUGGUAGAUCUGAGAUUGCCAAUGGGUUAUGGAAUCUAAUGGUACAUAAGGGAUGCCUUCCGAAUCUGGCUACCUUCAAUGCUAGGAUCCAGUACUUGGUUAACCAGAGACGAGCAUGGAAGGCUAAUGCAUUGAUGGCUAAGAUGCAGUUACUUCGGAUAAAUCCUGAUGUCGUGACAUUUAAUUUGGUGAUCAAAGGCUUUUAUCUGGCUGGAUUUCCUGAAAUGGCGAGAAGGGUUUAUUUGGCUUUUUGUGACAAUGGUUACAAACCCAAUAGGAUGAUUUACCAGACAUUGAUUCAUUAUGACUGCAUGGCAGAGGAGUUUAAUUUGGCAUUCAGAAUGUGUAAGGAUAGCAUGGAGAGGAAUUGGUUCCCGAAUGUGGAUACCAUUUUUAAGCUACUUGAAGGUCUUCAGAAGAAAGCAGAGUACAGGAAGGCCAGGAUAAUCAUGAUGUUGGUUCAGAGAAGAAAACUUCCUUAUUCUCCAGAUGAACUGGGGAUUUUUCAAUCAAUAAUAUCUGAGGGUUGAAUAAGAUGAGUGAUAACAACUGGGAUUAAUUCAUGCAUGUUGACAUCGAUCUGGGGAAGGGGUGAGGCUUCUUGUUCUUAUUAUUCAUACUGAUUUAUUCAUUUAUUGAUGCAUGACCUAUAUAAUAAUUCUUAGAGGAUGAUUAUUGGAGCGGAAGGUAACUCCAGGCUUGUCCAUCGAGUCUGUUGUACUAUGACCUAUCAAGGAAGUUUUGGAGGCUACUCACUGAAUUCUUGUAAGUUAUAAGAGGGCAGGCUUCUCUUUUCUUUCAGUUACUAAUCGUUAGCCAUUCUUUUUCCCAGACAGUAUCCGAAUGAAAUAAAAUGUUACUACAAUAAAUACGUUGAAUUCC